GCAAUACCAUUUACCAUAUCAUCCUGACCGUUGCUAACCCAGUGAAGUGAUUGUUCUCUUCAAAUCGUAACUGAAGCGUCAACAACCUGAUUCGUCCCAGCUUCUUCGGUUUUUGUCCCCAGGAUGUACCGUCCUUCUUCAGCAUGUCGCCAUGGUCUUACUCUACAAAAGAAUAACGGCCAGCGAAACAAAAUAAAUGAUGGAUAUCUACGUGGUGACAAAUGUAUGGCCAGUUGACGCUUGGAAUCCCUCACACAAAUGCAGCUUCAUUAUUUUCGGAUGCGCUGGAGAAAAAGAUAUAUGCUGCUGUUGCUUCUACUGUCAAUUACCUUUUUUUACUUCCUCAGUAGAAUUGAUCGAUUCACCUGUGUCACCGGAUCACAUCUCGAUUGUAAUUCAACACCAUUUUUGCUCCCAGUCAAGUCUGGCCUUUGUGUGCCACCCCUAAAUCUUCACUUUUCUCCUGUCAGCCAUCGUUUAGCUGUGAUUAUACCGUUUAGGGAACGUUUUACGGAGUUGCAUAAUCUGUUACCGCAUCUAGCGGAGUUUCUAAGCAGUCAAGGCGUAUCACAUUCGUUCUAUGUAGUUAAUCAGGUUGAUACCUUCAGAUUCAACAGAGCCGCUUUACUGAACGUUGGUGUGCAGGAGUCUCUGGAAGCCGAAUCAAAAGGUGUUCUUUUGAAGCUGUAUACCACAGAUGGAAUACAUAAACAAGUUGGCUUCGAGCGCUAUUUGUUUCCCCAGACUGACUACCUCGUGUUACAUGACGUUGAUCUUCUUCCCCUUGAUCCGGCCUUGUCGUACUCAUGGCCACCUGAAACGGGUCCUGUACAUCUUAUUCCGGCCACUAUUCAUCCUCGAUACUAUUGGGUGAAGAAUUAUUUUGGUGGAGUCGUCGUAAUUCGUCGUGAGCACUUUAAUCAAGUUAAUGGAUUUUCUAAUUCAUUUUGGGGCUGGGGCUGGGAAGACGAUGAAUUCCGUUUACGAGUUCUUCGUUCGGGUCUCUCAAUCAAUACACCCUCAAACGUAACCUACGGCUUCAAAGCUUUUCGUAUCAUACACAACGAUAUCAGACACAGUCGUGAUGUGAAGACAUACUCAAAUCCAGAAGUGAAGCAACUCCUCCGUGAACUUCGGGGUGGCCUCGACACGACUAACUAUACUGUUGUCGCACGUCGACUCAUGCAUAUUGAUGGUGUCCCAGCGCUUCUCAUCGAUGUUUCGUUACGAUGUAACACUAACAUCUUAAUUUGUAACUGGCCACGUGGACCAAGAUUACUACUCGCUUCCCGGUAUUCACUUUUGUUACACUACUUGGCAGCCCAUCUAAUUUUAUGGAAACAACCUGCCAUUAGGCAGCUGUCUUGUAGCAGCCAAGAGGAAGCGGGCAGUCCAAAACAAACUGAAGGAAACCUAAAAGACUUCAUAGUCAGACGUCGAUCGCUGGAGGUAAACGUUGGAUACGAUACCAUCUGCCGUACCCACCCAGCAGACCAAGUAUAUUCUGAUUGGCCAGGUCGUCAUUUGGCGCGCGACAGCUUAAUUGUUAGACGCGAUGGCGGAUCAAUAACUGCCUUCGCUCUACCCCCUCCAACAAAGACCGUUGCGACAACGAUUGGUGGAGCUAGCCACGAUGCUGUUGGUUGGCCAGGUAGCACGCUCUCUAUGCGUGACUCACCGGAGCGCGUCCACACGCCAUCAUUGAAUGAGGCGGUCACAUCCAGAUGGAACGACCCCAGUCGGCGCUUUAGCGCGUGCAUCGGCACGCAGGCCGUUCAUACUAGUGGAAUUGCUCCCCCGUCAGGGUUUACCACGAGAGUACCGAUCGCGGUUGAUUCCGUAUUCUUUACCCCUCACUCGGGUUCUGUGUCAGCUGUCCCAUUUGCCGUAGUUGAUACUGCAGUCUGUCCGCCUUGUAUCAACCAGGUACAUACCGCGACGUCUAACCAUCCUGCUCAGUCUACAUCUUGUUCUAGGUGCGUUUUUUAUCGCACGAACAGCAUCUCAAGUGCUCGUCCACCACUACCCCCAGUCGAGUCAGAAGUUGCGAUCGGCCAAACUGCCGUGCGUAUUUCGGCGUCCAAAGGAUGUGGCUUCGUGGUGAGUACUUCAAAUGCUCGUGAGCUUCGACUCGUUGCGUCUAACGUUGCAGAUAGAAGGCAAGCAUAUAUUUUACAUUCAUCAGGUUCGUGUGAGAGCCUUCAAAGUCAUACAAUUAAACUUGAUGUGCGGCCAAGUAGACGGACAGCUAGUGGUAUUACUCGUUCAUCGAGAACGGGUUCCUCGCUAGAUCGUAGUGGAUCAUUUAUUUUUGUUGGUCAGCAGAGCGAUACUAUCAUGCCAAAUUCGCCAUCCUCCGGAGGACUAGGUUCUGCAAAAGCCAGUUGCUCUGCCACAAGUCAUGGUACUCACCACCAAACCAGAAUAACUCCGCCUCCAGACUGUUCGAUAUCUGGCCGUCGGUCCUCGCCUGGUUGUAGCCACAAUAACGUAUUUGGAAUUUCACCAGUAAUUGUGCCUUCCAGUGGAAAACCGUCUCCCAACCCUACGCUAACUAGUUUGAAAGCACUACAUCCGCCGAAGAAACAGGUAAAACAAGAACAAUACUUCCGUGUUCAGUUGCCUUGCACUCGUGCCGCCUCGAGGUCCAAAGACUUUGUAGUGACUGACAGCCUCAAACUUUAUGAAAACCAAAUCUCCAACCACUGUGAGGCAGCUCAACGCCCGCAGUCUUGGUGCAUUGAUCUUGGACCAGCAGUCGAUGAACUACCAUUGGCAGGUGAUUCACACUCAGUUUCUCCAACUUCUACCGUCUCAUCGCUUUCCUCGUCCUCUUCAUCAGACGCAUCCCAGGAUUACCGAGAAGUCGCACGAAGAGGGCGUGCGUAUCAAGGUGAGAUUGAUUCUCAUCAGUUAAUCUGUAAUGUCCCAGUCCUUGGACCAGCCACUUUGUUCACACUGUAUCACGAUCAGUUGCAGCUUCUUUGUGACUUCACUAACAACCCUGAUACUCUCGAAGUCUGUUUUCAAAUCCGAAUGACUGGUCUGCUUAUCUGCCUCCAGUAUACUUACUCUUGUGCAAGCGGGUCAGCAAUGGGGUUUUCCUCGUACGUUGGAUUCCCUUUGCUAUAUACAACAAUGUACGAUGCAAGCACUGUAAUUGAACUAACUACCCUCUCGCUCUCUUACCGCAUUCGGCUGCUCGCCUUUGGUAACGCAAAGACCGCCGCAACUGGAUAUGCGAGGGUAGGUAUUGUGUUGAACCAUUG